CAACGAUCACACUCGUUUGUGUAUUGCGAAGACGGGAGGACGUCUCGUCGCAGUCCGCAUAGCAAAAAUCAGCGUUUUUUCGCGUCGUUUGUUGCCGUCGUCGUAGUAGGCGUCGCGUCGGCGGUGUUUAAUCAACAAACAAAACAUAAAAAUAUAUGCAUAUAUUAAACAAAGAAUAUUAUAUUCAUGUACAUUGUAUAUAAAUUUAGUGAGUGAAACAAAUGAUUAAAAAAUCGAAGUGAUUAUGCCGUUGUGUAAAUUUUUUUCAAGUUCUAAUAUCAACAAUAUCCCAAAUUCAUUUGAAACAUGAAUUAAAACUGCAAAUAAAAACGGUAGAAAAGAGUAUAAGAAAAAGAAAGUAAAUAAAAUAUAUAAGCAGAGAGCGACAGAGAAGAGAGUGAGAGAGAGAGAGAGUAGCAGUCAUGUCCAGCAGUGAUGAUGUGCAGAUCACCAGCGUGAUCGAUGCCAAUGGCCAGACGCUGCCGCUGCACGGCAACAGCUUGGGCGGUGCGCUCGGUCCGCCCGUUAAGCAGGAGGACGAUGCUGAAAUCCGCGAAUUGGCGGCCAAAAUGAAGGAGCAACAGAAACAACAAGCAGCCCAACAGGCUAGCCGGCAAGCUGCCAUGCAGCAUGCCAACGGUGGCGGAGCUGGGGGUGGCGGUUGUGGUGCGGGAAUGCAACCACCGUUAACCAAUGGCAAUGGCCAGACAAAUAUCAUGAGCUACCUGUCGCGCCAUCAGAAGCUACCCAAUGGCACAAUGCAAGUGGUGCCCGCUUUGGCGGCCAAUGGCCGGGCGAACGGAGCCAUCAUGGAUAACAACGGUGAUAAGAAGUCAUCGUCAUCGGGCGGUGGUCCGUGCGACGAGGAAUCGAUCAAAGGCCACUUUGGCUGGGCGCAAUUCGGCAAAGUAUCGAUACCCUAUAUAUACAGACAAUCGGAAAAGUAUUGCUCGGUGCGCAUGAUCGAACUGAAGCUGCUUGGCAAAUAUCUAAAUUGCCUCCAUCCGGACAUCUACUCCAGCUGCACAUGCGUGCGCAGCUACUACAUAACCGAUGCCGAGGCACGGCUCUUCAUCGAGAUCAACCACAAGCAUUGUGACGGUGAAUUCGGCCGUGAUAUUUUCACCCAAAAGGAUCUGGUCGUCCGUCUCAGCGAUGCAUCGAAAUUCUAUCAAUUCCUGGACAUAUGCUAUCGCAAGCUGGUGGCGGGCAGCAAAACGCCAUCAGAGAAAUGCGGCUUCAUACGCAUCAAUAAGGAGUCGGUGGUGCCGUAUACGGUGCGCAACAGCCAGCAGGUGGUGCCGCUCUUCUACUUCGAGGGCGAGACGGAGAACCUGAAGACCAAGGCGGAACUGCUCAAUGGCUGGGAUCUGGCCUAUUUGAAGUUCUGCUGCAAAGUUCAGGGCAUACGCAAUGAGCUCUUCUCCAGCGAGAAUGUUGCCGUCAUAUCGCUGACCGACAUCAAGAGCUACUUUCCCAAUGGUACCGAAUUCGAGGACUAUUGGCCCAGCAAGGUGGUCGACUCCAAUCUGUUGAUCGGCAAUCGGGCGAAUGUCAAUAAUUCGGUUAAUUGGACGCGACAGCCAUCGGCGCCGCCACCAAAAAUCUCUGCCAGCGUCAACAGCAGCAGCGCCGUCAACGUACAAAAGUCACAGCAGCAACAGCAGCAACAGCAACAACAACAGCACUCGACAGCCGCCGCUGCUGCGGCACAGCAACAGCAUUUGAUGAAGCAGCGCGCUGCUGUUGCCGCCGCUGCCAACGGCGUCGCAAACGGCAGCAAUUUCCCAUCGGCCGCCGCUGCAGCGGUUGCGGCAGCAGCAUACAAUACCCAUGCGGCGGCAGCGGCCAUGCUGCAGACGCAGGGCAACACCCGCAUGCUGACUCAGGCCACGGUCCAGGCUCUGGCCAGCGGCGGCUGGAUGAACAGCCAGAACAAUGUGCCCCAGCUGCAUGUCCAAAUGUUGGCGCAACAAUCGCAUGCGAAUGCCAAUCGAGGCGCCUAUCGAGAACACAUAAACAACAUGAUGCUGGGUGGCAGCAGCCGCCAACCGUAUUCGUACAACAAUCCUGCGAUUUCGAUGUCUUCGGUGAACAACCACAGCGGUGGGGGUGGCAAUGCGCCGCCGCCACUGGUACGAUCCGCUGCAGGACAGAAUGCCAAUCACAUGUCAAAUGUCGAGCAAUCACUGGUGCAACAACAUCAACAGACACAACAGCAACAACAACGACAACAACACCAUAGUACAUUUAACCAUGCACAACAACAACACUCCCCAAACACGCACAGUUCACGUGGCCAUCAUGGCCAUGUCCUUGCCAAUAACAACAACAACAUUAAUAAUAAUAGCAACACCAAUAAUAAUAAUAAUAAUAAUAGUACGCACAACAACUCCUCCAACAAGAACAACAACAGCAACAGCUCCUCAAAUUCUGGCUCUGCUACUGCUGCUGCUGUCGCCGCCACUGCCGCUGCCGCUGCCGCCGUCGCUGCCAAUAUGCACGCCCUACUAGGCAGUCCAUUCAAUUACAAUAUGCCCUCCACACGUGCGGACUACACAAAUCUGGCGCUCUGGAACCAGCUGACGCCGACGCAGCGCCUGAUGCUGACGCAACAAAUGAAGGGCGUCAGCACCGGCGCCAACGGUGGCAGCAAUAGCGGCGGCAGCGGUGGCGGCGUUGCCAGCACGUCGCCCAAAAUAGCGCAUGGCUCGCCAUUAGGUGGCAGCUUUCCGGCGUUGCCAUCGCUGCCACUGGACACCGAUUUGAUCACGAUGCUCGACUACAACAACCCGAACAAGCAGACGAACAAUAAGAACAGCAGCAGUAACAGCAGCAGCAAGGCAAGUGGUGCAUCGGGUGGCACAUUUACCAAGCCCACUGUGCCACCAUUAAUAUCGGAUGAACAUCAUCAACAGCAACAGUUGCUGCAGCAGCAGCAGCAGCAACAACAACAACAGCCCGCACCACCGACUAGCAGAAAGCAGCGUGCUGGUGGUGUCACCACAAUACCAUUGAACUCCACGCAAGCGUUGGAGGAUUUCGAGAAGAAGUUCAAUAUGACGGACGAGAUGCGAGCCGUCAUACACAAGGUGAUAGCCAAUCCAGAUCUCUCCACCUCCAUACAGACCAAUGCGAACAACAAUAAUCAUAAUAAUAAUAAUAACAAUAAUAAUAGUAAUUCACAUCCGCUAAACGCGUACAUCUCGCCACCCAUGUCGCCGGCGAUUGGUGGUGCUAAUGUGACCACCUUGUCGCUGGCCUCGAACCCAAACGUGACGAUCACACCACAAUUGCCGGGACAUUUUCUGCACUCGCCGUCCAGUUCGUGUUCCAGUUCGAGUGCCUCCACGACGGCUGCCUCGCCGCUGGGGAACAAUGGUGGCGGUGGCAGCAAUAAUUGUGUUAACGGUGGUGCGGCGGGUGGUGCGCGGCAAAAGAGUGUCAUUUGCUCAACGAAAGCCAAUGCGCUGCCAUUGGCCAUAUUGUCGCUGGCCGGGAGUGGCGGCGGUAGCGUCGGUAGUGGGGGCGGCAGCGGGAGUUCAGGUGGGGGCGGUGCGCGUCACAACAAACAACAACAGCAUUCGCAAUCGCAAUCGAUUAGCGGUGGUUACGGUCGUCAGUCACACAGUCAUCAGCCAUUUAGUAUCAGUGGUGUUGCUGGUGGUGGCAAUUGCCAGUUGGAUAUUGGCAUCGCCAGCACCACAAUCACGCCCAGCACAACGCCCACUGAUGUUAUCGAUUUGUCUUCAUCCCGAAGGUCGUUAGCUGCCUCAACAUUCCAUCAGCAGCAGCAGCAGGCCGCCGCAGCCGUGCAGCAGCAACAGCAGCAGCAACAACAACAGCAGCAGCAACAGCAACAACAGCAGCAGCAACAGGCUGUGGCGGCGCAGCAUCAGCGGAUGUCUGCCGCCCUCGCCCAUCAUGCCCAGCAUCUGCAGCAGAAUGGCGGCCAUAGUGGCGGUGGUAGCGGCGGCGGCGGCGGUGGCUCAUCUGCCUCCAAUGGCGGCAGCUCCUCCGGCGGCAACAGCAACUCGAACGCCAACAGCGCCUCGAUGCAUCUGCAAAGGCAUGCGGCACUGGCGGCCGCUGCUUGCGCCAGUGCGUCCGGCGAUGGGGCACAUCGAUUGUCCGUCAUACCGGAGAUACAGACCAGCAACAUGAAUCCCACGCCGUACAAGGUGCGCAAGGUGUGCGUGGACAAGCAUCUGGUGCCCUGUAUCAACAUGAAGGCCUACAAUGAAUCCGAGCAGCUGAUGACCCUCACCGAGUUCCAAAAGAAUUUCUUUCCCACUGUCGCACUGGAUCACUGCAAGCGUCUGAUUGAGGCGCUCGGCGUUGAGCUCUACAAGGCGAAUCGGCGACAGGUGCAAAUACUGAUGGAGCACGAUCGUUCCUACAAUGAGAAUAUGCCGCUGGUGCAGGUGCGCGACAUCAUUAAGUACAUGACGCAGUUAACAUUCAUGACACGCCAAUCGGAGCAGCCGCCGUCGAAGCGCACGCGCACGAGCUAGGAAUUAAGCUGGGGAGCACAACAUUUGCCAACAUCAACAACACCAACACCGACAGCAACAGCAUCAGCAACAACAGCAGCAUCAUCAGCAGCAGCAGCAGACAACAG